ACUCCUUUUAUUGUCCUACCGCGUGCAAUUUUUAAUUCCGCCUAACACCUACUCGUUCGAGAAAAUCGGUUGAAAGAAAUAUUCAAGGUUUACGAAUUAAUGUUGGCAAUUUGGUUGACAACCACGACAGCAUGGCUUCAGACCAUGAGAGGUGUAUAUCAUAGCUGCCCAGGUCAAUUCGUCUUAAACAAGGUACAGUUAUUCUAAUGAUAUCGCUUGCUUAAAAAUUAAUAUCGAUUAAACUAUAAUUUUACCAGAAUUUAAUGACUGCAAACAUACAAAAAGCAUAGUGCUAGGAGUAGGAAUCGAACCCACGAAGUGCAACGCACACUAGAUCUUAAGGCCUUUACCAACUCGGCCAUCCUAGCAUUUUGUAUUUUAAAGUGAUAAAUAUCUAAAAAACUCGCCUUGUUUGCGACAAGAAUAAAUUAACUGAAAGUUGUUAUGAAUACAUAUUGAACUCCUAAAAAUCUGAACUCCGUCAAACUGUAACCACUAGACUCAUUCAAAAAACAAGAUCGCUUGGUUGAUGGAUAUCGGUCAACGAAGCCAAGGCGAAGGGAGAGAAGGUGUGGAAAAUAAUCGAAGAAGCAUUUGAUCUGCUGGAAUACGGAAAACCCUCCGAAAAAACCCAAAGAAAGUUUGAACUUAUAUUCAAUACACCUUACUUAAAACUUCUAACUGCAUACAAAAGGCAAAAGGAACUAAUUUAACCAAAUGCUUGGACUAUUUUUUAGACCAUGUCUUUUGUAUCUGCAUGUCAAUUAAAAUACUCCAUGUAGCAUAAUUACUCAGAUUUAUACGAUAUUAAAAUAAUACCUAAUCAAAUAUGUAUCUGCGCUUUCAUUCACCUCCUACUGUUCACAUGUUCGAUGAUCCCUGUUCACGUGAUGGAAAACCUCAUCCCUGAGGGUUACUGUCCACGUGAAUCUAACCUCUUUGUCUUUAAUCCAUCAGAGACUCGAGAUGUCAGCGUACAACGGGUUGGUACAUUAGCUGAACGGUAGUGACAUGUUCUGAAGGUUCUCUUUUCGUUAUCGGCUUUUGUGGCUGGGGAGGCAAUAACAAAACGAUUUAAAAUGAAUGAAAAUAUCGAGUUGUUUUUCGACUUGACCAGACAGAAGUUUUGUUGGUGUGUUCUGCUCGCGAAACGAUAUGACGCAGAAGGAAAAGAAACAGGAGACAAACACAAGAGCCAACUUUGAUGGGAAUGCCGGCAGAGAGUCUGAAGAGAUCGCAGCAAAUAUCAACCUAAGCCUAGUACAGGUAUCUAAUAAUCAGUGGCUCAAUGACGAGAUAAUAAAUUUCUAUGGAAAUCUUCUACAAGAAUGCGCACAGAAGAUGCCUAAUGUAUCAAUCACAAUUAAAAACAGCUUCUGUUUCACAAAGUUUAAAAAAGAGGAAUUUUCCAAUUCAUUUGCUAGAUGGAUGGACAAGGAUAGUUCAGUUCUAAGUGACUUGCUCAUGUUCCCUAUCAAUGAAGAUAAACACUGGACACUAUGUGUGGUGGACAAAAGAAAUAAAGUUGUCACCUACUAUGACUCCUUGGGUGGUACAGAUUGCAUACCUGACUAUGUUGUGGAUCAUUUAAAAUUAAUAAGAAAACUUGUUACUCACCUAUACCCUGAACAUAAUUCAGAGUCUUGGAGUUUUGGGACUGCAAAAGAUAUUCCGAAACAAGACAACUACAUUGACUGUGGAGUAUUUCUGUGUCAGUACAUGAAGCAUUUGGUAUUUCAACAGCCAUUCUCAUUCAACCAGAAAGAUAUAGCAAAAAUUCGAUUGGAUAUGGUGAAUGAAAUAAGAAACAAAGAAAUUAAAGCAUGCGCAUUAGAGCGACCAUCUGUAACAUCACCAGAACAGACUGCGAUAGUGUUGCCAGAUGAUGUAGUUAAAUCCUCCCCCUUAAGUGAAACAGGUGACAUCCUCUCGAUUAAAGAAGAAGUAGAUCAAGAUGCUAGUAAUGACAUAUUUUACGUUGGUAGAAAGUUCUAUACUGUAAAUGACUUUAAUGAGGCCAAAGCCAAAUAUGAGGAUAUUCACUUUUGCGAGCUGUGGAAACGAGAUGUCAGAACCCUUGUAUCUGCACAGAAGCGAGUCCCCAAACGAGUAGCAAAUGCUGAGUUGAGCCUCCAGUACUACUCCCUGAAAUUAAGCUGCAAAUUUGGAGGAAGAAAAGCAGAGAAUAGAGACGACAGAAAGCGUGAUACUAAAACCUUUAAACAAGGAUGUCAGUUCGAAGUUUAUAUUGUUUUGUCCACGGACGGAAAAGCGUUAGAAGUUAUGAAAAUGACCAUGGAUCACAACCAUUCUCUGUCAGAAGAACUGUACAAACAUCUACCUCGUCAGCGAAAGCUCACUGGUGCACUGAAAGAGGAAAUCCAAGGUGCAGUGCGCCUAAAAGCUAACAACAAACUGCUGCAACAGAAAAUACAAACCACGACAGGACAGCGAGUAACAUUAAAGGAUAUUUCAAACUUGAAAACCAAAACCAAGUCGAAAAUAAAUAGCAAUGACCUUGACGUCGUCGUGGAUUAUCUGAAGACAAAAGAAGGCGCAGUUGUAGAAGUAGCAACGGACGAAGACAGCAAUUUUAAGUCUCUUUUCUUUCAAGACCAGUACAUGAAACAUGCGUACGACAGGUUUCCUGAGCUCCUGCUUGUGGAUGCUACUUACAAACUUCUUGAUUUGAGAAUGCCACUCUAUGUGCUGAUGGUAGUGGAUGGAAAUGGCCUUAGUGAUAUUGUCGCCCUUCUAAUCGUUGCUGAAGAGAGUGAAACUGUCAUAACAGCAGCCAUGGAACAUUUAAAAGGCACAAUCCAGCUUGGAUAAGGACUACAGUAAUC